AUGCUGGGGACACAGAGGGAGGUGGGGGGACACCCAGGGGUCCGGGGGGUGGCAGCAGAGCCGUGUCCCCGGGCAGGUGACGCGCUGAACCAGCAGCACCGGCUCUUCGAGGAGUACCAGGACCCCUGUCGGCAGGGGCCGGGCCAGGACCAGCCCUGGGCCAUCGGGACGCUGCUCAACUACCUCAAGAUCUACGAGGAGCCCGUGUCCACCCCCGAGAAGAUGAAGAGGACGCUGUCCCAGCCCUGGGGGCGGCAGCAGUACCUGGCGGGGCCCAUCCUGUGCAACGGGGACCCCGAUCCCGCCGCCCCCCGGCCCUGGCAGGGCCGGCGUGUGGACUACGCGCUGCACCGCAGGCACCCGGCGCUGCCCACCGUGAGUGCCCCCUGUCCCUGUGUCCCCUGUGUCCCCUGUGUCCCCCGUGUCCCCUGUCCCCGUGUCCUGACGCUGCUGACCCUGCAGGAGGUGGCCGCGGUCUCCGUCGUCACCCAACUGGCCACGUUCUCCGACCACCUGCCCGUGGCUCUGCGGCUCCGGGUGGGACCCGCCGGCCCCUGA